GAACAGUAGACAGAAAGAAGAGAAGGAGAGAGAACGCGCGUCCUUCGCGAACUAAUGCGAGACCUUCUCUCUCUCUCUGCUAAUGCUAUUUAAUUCUAAUUUAUUGUACAUACAUGAAAUCGGUAAACGUGAUACAGACGAUUAUGCUUUGAUUAUUGUUUAAGAUUUUAAGUGAUUCAAAGUGAUGCACGAGUAUUCGCACAUUGAAUCUCAUCACAAAGUUAAGGUUAUCAUGAGAUUUUGAUAAAGAGACAUAAAAGUGCUGUCAAACUAUACAGUGUCAUGCCUUUCAGAAUCUCUCGUAUACCUAUUCUGGAGCAUGUUUGAAGAUAAAGAAGAAACUUGUCUCUUAAGCGAUUUGCCAAAAUUCUUUUUAUUAUUCCAAAAGGCAAUCUAAGAGAAAGAACAGAGAUUUCUCAAACGUAGCAAAAUGAAGGCGCUACUUAAAAUAUUAUAUUCGCUCUGUUGGAGCAACGCGUACUUGAUAAUGGGUAUAUGCAUGGGCCUAAGCUUCAGUCUCCUGUUGAUACCGAUUGACGUUGACAGACAGCACGACGUAGCGGAGUCCUUCGAUCAUUCCUCGAAUACCUUGGAAGAUAUAGAUCCUUACGAGCCAAGGAUAAACACUGACAGCAAGCCGCAACCGGUGCAGAAAGCGAGGAAAGCGUUUGUACGGCCGAGAUACUAUUCCACGGAGCUUGGGAUCAGGGAGAAACUGUUUGUGGGCGUUAUAACGAGCCGCGAGCAUCUGCACAGCAGGGACGUGGCGCUGAACAAAACGAUUGCUCAUAUAGUAGAUAAAAUUCGCUACUUCAUCUCCAUACCAGAAGGGACCAAGCCGAACGUCUCUUUCCCCGGCAUAGUGGGGUUCACCGACACGAGGAACAUCCUGAAACCUUUCCACGCCAUGAAGUACAUCGUUGAUAACUAUUUAGAGAGCUACGAUUAUUACUUUCUAACUAAAGAUGUGAGUUAUAUAAAUGCAAGAGGCCUAGUGGAGUUCGCGAAUAAAAUAACCGUGAGCCAAAAUGUUCACAUAGGCGUUCAAAGCGAAAUUGAUACCUACUGUUCUCUAGAAUCCGGUAUACUUCUGAGUAAUUCUGUUAUACGAGAAAUGAAAAAUAAUCUAGACUGGUGCGUGAAGAAUGCAUAUUCGGAUUCGGACGAUGUUAAUUUCGGUCGUUGCAUCCUCCAUUCCACUUCUAUGCCCUGCGUCAAUCAUCUGCAAGGACGAAAUUUCACAUUUACGCGGUUGACGCCCACAUUUAAUUUCGAGAAAGAUUUCGCCCGGCUGACCGAGCAAAACGAAUUCCAGAAUUCGCUUUCCGUAUAUCCCGUCUACGAUCACAUGCUCAUUUAUAAAUUUAACAUGUAUUUCGCCGCAAUAAAUGCCAUCAAAGUUCACAAACAGAUUACUGAUAUACGCAAGGUAAUAUCUGCGACUGCACAUUUGGGCCCGCCGAGUCAACGUAAUGUAUCAUGGCCCAUUGGAAAUCAACCUGGAAAUACACCUCUAGGACGCUUUGACGUUUUACGCUGGUCUUAUUUCAACGCAUCUCACGUUUUCUUCGAGACCGACUUCAUUAACAUUCAGGAGCUGAAGGGCGAUACAAAAUCCGACAUAGAUUACGUGAUAAACACAGCUGUGGACAAUAUUGUAAACAGAUACGAUAACAAACUUAGCUUUGUCAGAUUGCUGAAUGGCUACCAAAGAUUCGACGCGUCCAGAGGGAUGGAUUAUAUACUCGACUUGAUAUUUAGCGAAGUGGCCACAGGCAAGGAAAUAAGGAAACGAAUUGAGAUCUGCAAGCCGUUAGGAAAAGUAGAAAUUAUACCCGUGCCCUACGUGACUGAAAAUACGAGAAUUAAUAUAAUUAUCACCAUUGAUCUGAGCAGAAAGCAGGACGCGCUAAAUUUUAUCGACCACUACGCACAAAACUGUAUUGAAAAGAAAUGCAAGACCUCCCUCAUGGUGGUUCUCUUGUAUAAUUCAGAUUCACCGUCGAAAGGCAGAGGCGACGUUUAUCACGAAGUAAAAUCAUUCAUAUCAAUGCUGAACGAGAAGUACAAAAAGGACCAAUCUAAAAUUACUUGGCUCUCAAUUCGAUUGCCAGCCAAUGUAACUUCCAUAGAUUUGGAUCCGAUGUUGAAGAUCGCCGUGACCGACUUGUGCGCGAAGAAGUUCUCGUCGGAGAGUCUGGUUCUUCUCGUAGAAACGGGAACGAAACUGAAAGUAGAUUAUUUAAACAGGGUUCGAAUGAACACUAUUAGUCGCUAUCAGAUAUUCAGCCCGAUUCCAUUCAUCGAAUUUCAUCCCGAUAUAAUUUAUCCAAACGAAGCAACUCACGACGAAGUGGACGUCAAUAGCAACUACGGAAAAUAUGACGAGCAUAACUAUAACAAUAUCGCGUUUUACAUUAAAGACUACAACGCAAUGCGGCAGACAGUCGAAGCGAACAUUCCGUUAGCGCGAUCGGACAAGGACAUUGCCACUCUACUGAAACUUACCAAGCACAGUCCUGUAACUUCCUUGUUUGAAAUGUACGUGUCGUUCAGCGACAUGCACGUAUUUCGCGCGAUAGAGCCGACACUGAAGAUAAGAUAUAGAGAUGUCAACUGUGACGACGCUCUCAACGACAGUAUUUAUAAGAGUUGCCUUAAACUGAGGAACAAUCACCUGGGUAAACGUAGUCAACUGGCUAGACUGAUAUUCGAUUAUCAGAGCUAUUAAAUGUAAAAAAGCGUAGAUCGCGAUAUACAAUCUUUACAAGAAGAAACGCUAUUUAAUUGUAAUUUACAUUAUUAAGGGUGGACGCUUUAGAUCUUCAUAGAGCAAACGAAAAGUAGAUAGGUUUACAAUUAUCUACAAACUAGAAAGAUAUUCAAUACAUCUGUUAGAUAUAUUUUUUAUAUAGAUUUAUAUACAAGUCAGUUAUAUAUUAUAUGAGCAUUUUAUUUAUUCAUAUAUAUUUUAUUCUCCAAAUAAAUACUCGUCAUUGA